AUGUCUGCGAGAAACGGAACCACCAAGACACCAUGGAGGCCGGCGGCUAAUAUCCUAAGGGAUAUGAUACAUGAUCCCGAAAAGCUGAUCAUCUGUCCCGGAGUGUAUGAUGGAUUGGAUGCCGGGCAUGAGGUCCUUUAUAUGGCCAUCACCAAGCGGUACGGACAUCUGCAGGGCAAGCUGCUAGUGUCUACGGAGGAGUAUCUGGCUCGAAUCAGAGCAGCGGUACUGGCGCGGGGGGAAACAGGGAGGGACCUGGUGAUUAUACCGCGCAGCAAUGCGCUGCAGAGCUUAGGGUUCGACGAGGCGGUGAAGAGGCUGAAGGGUGCAGUUGAAGCAGGUGCAGAUGUCGCGUUCCUGGAGGGCUUUACGACGGAGGAGCAGGGGAAGCUGGUCUGCGAAGCGCUCGCGCCGACGCCAUGCUUGGUCAACGUUGUCGAAGGAGGCGUCACGCCGCAGAUGAGUGCGACAGGCGCGAGGGAAGCGGGUUUUAGGAUUGUAAUUUGGCCUUGUUUGGCUAUGACGGAGGUGUAUAACUCGGUCAAGCGGGCGGCGGUGGAGCUCAAGGAGAAAGGGUUCUUCGUACACGGCGGGAAUGGUGCGGGACGUAUUAAGGACUUGUUCGAGGUGGCUGGCCUAGAGGAAUGUAUGACGUUUGAUGCGAAGGUUGCGGGGACUACUCCUAAGGAGAUCAUAUGA